AUGUCUACCAUGCCAGCCACCCACGGCCACAACGAGGCCUGCUGCAACAUCCCGCCCGUCGUGUCCAAGGGGUACAAGCCCAAGGGCUCGUACGAGGAGAUUGGCGGCUGGAAGACGUACGUCACUGGCCCGGCGGAUGCCAACAAGGCCAUUGUCCUCAUCUACGACAUCUUUGGCUACUUUGACCAGACGGUCCAGGGCGCCGACAUUCUCGCCUACGGAGACGAGAAGCAAAAGUACAAGGUCUUUAUCCCUGACUGGUUCAAGGGCGAGCCCUGCCCAAUCGAGUGGUACCCUCCCAACACCGAGGAGAAGAAGAAGAACCUGGGCAACUUCUUUGGCACCUUCCCGCCGCCCAAGAUUGCCGGCUAUGUGCCCGACUAUGUCAAGGCGCUGAAGGAGAAGAACCCCUCCGUGUCCAAGUACGGCAUCAUUGGCAUGUGCUGGGGCGGCAAGGUCGUGGCCCUGUCCGUCAAGGCCUCCACCAACCCCUUCUCCGUCGCCGCGUCCGUCCACCCUGCCAUGGUCGACCCGGCCGACGCCGACGGCAUCACUAUCCCCAUGACGCUGCUCGCCUCCAAGGAGGAGCCCGCGGACACGGUCAAGAAGUUCGAGGACGCGCUCAAGGUGCCCAAGCACGUCGAGACCUUUUCGGACCAGAUCCAUGGCUGGAUGGGCGCCCGCGCCGACCUCGACGACGCGCGCGUCAAGGAGGAGUAUGAGCGCGGCUACAAGACGGUUCUGAGCUUCUUUGCCAAGAACUUCUGA